UAUAUCUUAUGUGUCCAGAGCAAUUUGAGCAAUUUUGAUAUAGGUACUCAACCAAAAAUCAGUUACCACCACGAUUGAGAGAAGAAUGAUCCUUACUACGUGCAUUGCAACCCCAACACACCACCCUGACCCUCCAAAACAACCUCCACAAAUUCACCCUCCCUCUACAUUUUCUCCCCCAAACAACCCCAACAAAAACCAAACACUCUCUCUAAAACACAAACCCAACUCAAACCAAACCGUAUCAUGGACAUCCUCAAUUUCUCACCACUGCAAAAAUAACAAUUUCCUCAAAGCAGCUUCCGAAUUCAUCCAAAUGCUCGAAGCCGAAGUCGAACCCAAUCACAUCACCCUCAUCACUCUCCUCUCUGCUUGUGCCCACUCUCCCUCCAAAACCAGCAUCACCUUUGGAGCUGCAUUACACACACACGCUUUCAAACAUGGCUUUGCCAUGAAUGAUGUGAUGGUGGGUACUGCAUUGAUUGACAUGUAUGCCAAAUGUGGGAAAUUGGAUUAUGCUAGAUUGGUUUUUGAUCAAAUGGGUGUUAGAAAUUUGGUUUCUUGGAAUACUAUGAUUGAUGGGUAUAUGAAAAAUGGUGAUGUUGAUGAUGCACUUAAACUGUUUGAUAAAUUGCCUGUGAAGAAUGUUGUUUCUUGGACUGUGGUUAUUGGUGGGUUUGUUAAGAAAGAGUGUUAUGAAGAAGCUCUUGAGUGUUUUCGAGAAAUGCAGCUGGCUGGUGUUGUGCCAGAUUUUGUGACUGUUAUUGCGAUUAUUUCCGCGUGUGCUAAUUUGGGUGCACUUGGUCUUGGCUUGUGGGUUCAUAGACUUGUGAUGAAGAAAGAGUUUAGGGAUAAUGUUAAAGUUUUGAAUUCUUUAAUAGAUAUGUAUGCGCGAUGUGGGUGUAUAGAGCUUGCUCGUCAAGUGUUUGAUGGAAUGAGUCAGCGAAAUUUGGUGUCGUGGAAUUCGAUCAUUGUUGGUUUUGCGGUUAAUGGGCUUGCUGACAAGGCUUUGAGUUUCUUUCGUUCAAUGAAGAAGGAAGGGUUCUAGCCGAAUGGAGUUAGUUACACGAGUGCACUCACAGCGUGCAGUCAUGCUGGGUUGAUUGACGAAGGACUGAAAAUCUUUGCUGACAUUAAAAGAGAUCAUAGAAAUUCGCCGAGGAUUGAGCAUUAUGGUUGCUUAGUGGAUCUCUAUAGUAGAGCAGGGAGGUUGAAGGAGGCUUGGGAUGUGAUAAAAAAAAUGCCUAUGAUGCCUAAUGAAGUGGUGCUCGGGUCAUUGCUUGCAGCUUGUAGGACUCAAGGGGAUGUUGAAUUGGCUGAAAAAGUGAUGAAGUAUCAAGUUGAAUUGUACCCUGGUGGAGAUUCAAAUUAUGUGCUUUUUUCUAACAUAUAUGCUGCUGUUGGAAAAUGGGAUGGUGCGAGCAAGGUUAGGAGGGAAAUGAAAGAACGUGGCUUACAAAAGAAUCUAGCUUUUAGUUCCAUUGAGAUUGAUUCUGGCAUUCAUAAAUUUGUGUCCGGUGAUAAAUAUCAUGAAGAGAAUGAUUAUAUUUACUCAGCCUUGGAGCUUCUGUCUUUUGAGCUGCACUUAUAUGGCUAUGUUCCUGAUUUCUCUGGAAAAGAAUCUUAUGUUGAUGAUUGAAUUUUGUGACUGAGUGCACAGUUACAUAACUCAUUCACUAGACCUGAAAUGUACCAAUUAAAAACAUUAAGACCUAAACUUUUCCUCAUGUUAUGUAGCAAAAAGUAUAUAGUCAAUUUUUAUUGCAUCUUAUAUGAAUUAUGUAGAAAAAUCAUACUGUUAAAAAAAAAACACAGUUUGCUUAUCCAUGUUACAAGCGACAAUGUCUCUAUCUAGAUUUCUAUUUAUGUA